AUGUCAAUCAAGUCCGAAAAGCCAAGCCAACCGGACUUCAAAGAGGAAAACUCUUUGGAAAUGCCAUUGUUAUCUGAAAAUGGAAACUCUCACUCAGCCCCACAGGAUAAAGCCCCCAGCCUGAUUUCAAAACGGUCCAGUGCCAGUGCACUAUCAUCCUGUAACUCUGCUUCACUGAAGGCCCGCGCCAAGGCUGAGGCGGCCAAGGUGAGGUUGGAGUUUGCUCGCAAGGAGGCCGAGCUUAGAAAACAGAAUGCGACACAGGAAGCUGCCCUCCUUCUACUCAACGCAGAAAGGGAUGCUGCUAUGGCGGAAGUGGAGGCUGCGGUUCUCGAGACCGGACAAGACGUAUGCGGAUCCUCAAGGAAGAGCGAUGACCUGAAUCUUCCCAGCGGAGGCUACAAAGAACGAGCUACAGCAGAAAUCAAAGUAAAGCCCUCGCAAGAAAUGGACUUGAUGCUCAAGUGGCUAGGAAAAGAUUCUUGCAAGUUGGUAACACCGAUCCAUUCGAUCCAUGUCGACCGCCCGGAUGUAGGUCUCAGCAGGAUGUGGAACCUGUUAGAUCGGAAGUACGGCACCCCAGAGGUCGUCGAGCAAGAUCUGCAACAGCGAAUCGAAGGCUUUCCAAAGAUCUCUCAUCGGGACAGUGCCAAGCUCCUUGAAUACAGCCACUUACUCAUGGACAUUGAGUAUGUCAAGGACAUGGACAACUGCCCAGGAUUGCUACACCUCGACUCUGGCAGAGGGUUACGCCCCUUAGUGGAGAAGCUGCCGUACAACCUUCAGGAGAAAUGGCUGAUGGAGGGCGCUCGUUACAAAGACAAACACCAAGUGACUUUCCCACCAUUCAAGGUGUUCAGCGAAUUUGUGAGUUACCAGGCGAAAGUACGUAAUGAUCCCAGCCUUACAACGCCUCACGACCCCAAGCAACACGAUGCCACCAAGAGGACUGUCAGUGUAAGGGCUACUGAAGUUGGGAACGUCAAGCAACCUAAUGCCGGAGGAGAGCACUGUCCCAUCCAUAAGACCGCUCACUCCAUCGUGAAAUGCCGAUCCUUUCUUUCCAAAAACCAACCACAGAAGAGGGCCAUUCUGAGGAAUCAUCAUCUCUGCUUCAAAUGCUGCAUGCCGCAGCAUUCUGCACGUGAGUGCAAGGCAAACGUCAAGUGUGACUCGUGUGGCAGUGACCAGCACAUGUCCAUUCUUCACAACGAUCACCAGACCCAAUCAACGGAGAGGUUGCAAAAGCCAACUAAUGCUGCUCAACCGCAAAUCACCAGUGCAUGCUCCAAGGUCCAGGGGUCGAUGUGCUCGGCCGGGAUGUCCUGUGCUAAAAUCGUCCCAGUUCUAGUGAAGUCAAAGAGGGACCAAGGCACUUGUGUCAAGACUUAUGCCAUCAUCGAUGACCAAAGCAACAAAACCAUAGCAACACACAAACUUCUGGACAAGUUCAACAUUGACUACGGAGAGGUCAAUUACACACUGCGAACCUGCAGCGGAGAAGAGGCUGUGCACGGCCGGUGGGCAGAUGAUUUCGUAGUUCAGGACAUCCAUGGCACGGUGAGUGUAGACUUACCUGCUGUUACCGAGUGUUCUCUCAUCCCAGAUUUCAAAGAUGAGAUCCCCACGCCAGAUGUCACCAAGGCGUAUGAUCACCUGAAAGGUGUAAACAUACCGGAAAUCGACAACAACUGCACGGCAACUCUGUUGAUAGGGAGAGACGUCUCGGAGGCACACCAUGUCCUGGAGCAAAGGAUCGGGCCCCCUGAUACACCGUUCGCACAGAAGUUGAAGCUUGGCUGGGUAAUCGUUGGCGAGGUGUGCCUGCAGGGUAUCCACAAGGGUGACAAUCAUCGGAGCAAGAUUUCAUCAUUGCGUACCCAAGUGCUCUUCACAGGACGACCUACCUUUCUUGAGCCGUGUCCGAAUGAGUUUCAAGUGAAGCAUCUAUUUGACAAUGACUCCGAUGGUGUUAGCCUGUCCAUCCAAGAGCAGCAGUUUGUAGAUCUGAUGAAGAGGGAAGGAGGCCUGGAAGAUGGACAGUGGACAGCACCAUUACCCUUCAAGCAGCCAAGAGACCGACUGCCUAAUAACAGACAGCAAGCCUUCAAACGUGCCCAAAUUCUUCGAAAAGGCAUGGAGAGGGAUUCCACCAAGAGGGAGCACAUGCUGACAUUCAUGGAAGGGGUGAUUUCUCAUGGCCACGCGGAAGUUGCGCCUCCUCUUCAACCAGACGAAGAGUGUUGGUACUUACCUUUCUUCGGCGUGUACCACCCCAAAAAGAAAGACAAGAUCAGGGGUGUCUUUGAUUCUUCAGCCGAGUUCCUAGGCCACUCUCUCAACAAGGUACUGUUGAAGGGUCCUGACCUCACCAAUGACUUGGUGGGCGUCCUCAUGAGGUUCCGUCGGGGACGUGUAGCAGUUUGUGGAGACAUUGAAUCAAUGUUCUUCUGUUUCUCUGUGUCGGAGAGACACCGGAACUUUCUUCGCUUCUUCUGGCACAAGAACAAUGAUUUCAACAAACCUCUCAUCGAGUUCCGUAUGCGUAAACAUGUGUUUGGCAACACACCCUCACCAGCGGUAGCUACGUAUGGUUUGAGAGAUCUGGCUAAAGAUGCCGAACCUGAUGUCCGAGAAUUCAUCAACAAUGAAUUUUACGUGGAUGACGGACUUGCGUCAUGUGAUGACAGUGACACAGCCAUCUCGCUUAUCAAGCGCACCAGGUCCAUGUUGAUGGAGAAGGCUGGUGUUCGUUUACACAAAAUUGCUUCCAACUCCCAAGAAGUCCUCGAUGCAUUCGAGCCAGAGGAAGUCCAGAAAGACAUAAGGAACCUCACGCUCAGCGACGGUGUACCCACACAGAGAAGUUUGGGCGUUCUGUGGAACAUAUGUGAUGACACCUUUAGGUUUCAAACGGACCUGGAGGAAAGGCCCUACACGAGACGGGGUGUUCUGUCAACCAUCAACGGGGUGUUCGAUCCUCUUGGUUUUCUCGCACCAGUCAUGAUACAGGCAAGAGUCUUGUUCAGGGAUAUGACUGCACACAACGCUGGUUGGGAUGAUAGCCUUCCAGAUGAAUAUAGAGUAGUCUGGGAGUCUUGGAAGUCUGGGUUAGCUGAGCUGCAGUACCUGUCAGUUCCCCGUACCUACCCAGCUCACCCUGAGAAUGGAGUGCUGCACAUCUACUGUGAUGCUUCUGAGGUGGCGGUUGCUGCGGUUGCAUACUUGGUAGGAGCAGAGGAACCCAGGUCGGGAUUUGUCUUCGGCAAAUCAAAGCUGGCUCCUAAAGCAGGCCAUACUGUUCCUAGACUCGAGCUUUGUGCUGCAGUCCUGGCGACGGAAAUCAGCAAAGUGAUAUGCAGGGAGAUGGAUAUUCAGCCUUCAGGUGUGAAGUAUCACACAGACAGCAAGAUUGUUCUUGGGUAUCUGAACAAUACUACCAGACGGUUCCACACAUACGUCGCAAAUCGAGUUCAUAAGGUUCUCAACUUCUCUAGGCCUUGCCAAUGGAUGUAUGUGCCCACAGGCAAGAACCCUGCUGACUGUGGCACACGUCCGAUUGCUACACAGAGCUUAAAGCACUCCUCGUGGCUUGAAGGUCCACAACAACAGGUGCCGGUAUCAACGGAGGUCACGUCAUCAGAGUUCCCCCUGGUAAACCCUGAAGACGACAUCGAAAUAAGGCGCGAGGUGAAAAUCCAGGUAACUAAAACCAAAUUGGAACCAGCAAAUCUUGUCUCACGGGCCAACAGGUUUUCAACGUGGACCAGCUUGAUCAGAGCUUUCAGCCUGCUUGUUCACGUGGCCAGGUCCUUCAGCACAAGGAAUGAGCAAACCCAGAGUCAUGUCAAAGAUGUAAAACUCAAACGUGAUGUCCAGACAAUGAUGGUGCGGAUGGUACAAGAGCAGUUCUAUCAUCAGGAACUCAUCUGCCUGCGAGAAGGUACACCCUUACCACGUGGCAGUCCACUCCUAGACUUGUCGCCAAUGCUCAACCAAGAUGGGCUGAUCUGCGUUGGUGGACGCCUAAGGAAGUCUUCCCUUCCAGUGGCUGCAAGAGAUUGGUGUCCUCGGUCAUUCACCACUGUGUUGUUUGUCGAAGGCUAG